AUUCAAUCCCCAAGGAGCCAUAGUCGGGGUAUGAGCCAAUCAUGGCGUCUCAAUUCCACCUGUAGGACUCGCUGGGUCUUCCCCGAGCUGGGCUCGUCUUCGCGUUCUACCCAACGAUCUCUUAUAACCUCGAAUCUCUUCACAUCUGUAAAACCUCAACAACUGCUACUCUUAUUUAUCUUAUGAGUACGCCGACAUCCAUUGAUGUGGUAUCACAAAAAGCCUCCAACAUGGGACACUUGAACGUCGACAUACCUCAUCUGGCUGAGAAUGGACACUCCUCACAGCUCAUCGUCAAUGGGAAGCCGUUCCUCAUACGAGGCGGCGAGCUCCAAAAUUCCUCCUUGACGUCCGUCGAGUACAUGGAGCCCGUCUGGCAGAAGAUGAAAGAUACCAACAUCAACACCUUGCUGGGCUGUGUGACUUGGGAGAUGAUCGAGCCCGAGGAAGGUGCCUUCGACUUUUCCAUCCUCGACAAUGUCAUUCUGGCCGCACGCAAGCACUCCAUGCAUCUGGUGCUGCUGUGGUUUGGCUCAUUCAAGAACGGGCUUUCAACGUACGCGCCUCCAUGGGUCAAACAAGACCCAAAGCGCUUCCCGCGAGUCAAGCUUCGGAAGGCUGGUGGCCGGCUCGAGACGGCCAACGUCCUAUCCCUAUUCAACGAAGAGGGCCGCAAAGCCGACGCAAAGGCCUUUGGGGCUCUCAUGAAGCACCUCCGGGAAUUCGACGAGUCGCACUCCACGGUCAUCAUGGUCCAGGUCGAGAAUGAGAGUGGUCUGCUUGGAGACUCUAGAGAUGGGUCCAACUUGGCCGAGAAAGCCUUUCAUGAGCCCGUACCAAAGGACCUAGUGAACUUCCUUGCUUCGGACUGGGAGAACCUGCACCCGGACAUAAAGGAGCAUAAUCUGACCCGAUUCAAGCCCCGGUCUGGUGAUUCGAUAGCGGAUGGGGGAGAUUGGGAGACGGUCUUUGGAUCGAGCCCCCGGACCGACGAGCUAUUCAUGGCAUAUCACUACGCACUCUACAUCAACGAAGUUGCCGCGGCUGGAAAGGAACAAUAUCCCAUUCCUCACUACACCAACCUAUGGAUGAACUACUCCGGAGAAGACUCGGAUAAUGACUUCCCAGUUGUCGUUGGCGGAGGCGGCAUGCCGGGCGACUAUCCUUCCGGGGGCGCUGUGAGCAAUGUGAUGGACGUGUGGAUGCGGUUUGCACCAAGCCUGGAUUUCAUAGGGCCCGACGUUUAUCUGAACAACUACGACAGGUCUUGUGCUAAGUACAGGCAUCGGAAUCAGCCGCUGUUCAUCCCGGAACAGCGACGGGACGAGUACGGCGCACGUCGAAUCUGGAUCGCCUACGGAUCUUAUGCAGCAAUGGGAGUCGCACCAUUCGGUGUGGACACGGUGGACCCCGCGGAUAGCCCCCUGACAAAGCACUAUGGACUGCUCAAGUCUGUCUCUGCGAUCGUGCUCGAGGCUCAGCGUCACCCGGAUUCGUCUAUCGGGUUCUGCUUUGACGAGUUACCGGACGGCGUGUCCGGCAGAUCGUCUGACCCUGUCAAGAAGGUCUGGGGCGAUUUCGAGCUCACGAUCGAUCGAUGCUUCGUGUUCGGAAAGCCGGGGCCUGGUACUGGCAUGGUAAUCGACCGCGGUAACGGCAAGUUCCUACUGAUCGGCUGGGGCUUCCAGGUCAGUGCGAAGGCAGUGUCUACGGAUAGUACUUUCACUGGAAUCCUGAAGUUUGAGGAGAAAGCCGUUGACGAUGAGGAGACGGGCCGUCUGAGAACAGUCCGUGUUCUGAAUGGAGACGAGACGCGGAGUGGAGAGUUUGCCAUGAUGCCCAACGAGGACCCUGACUAUGGCGGGUUUCCCAUCUCGGUCACUGUUCCAGCAAGGACUAUGAUUGCCGAGGUGACGUUCUACUCGAUCUCUGAUUAG